CCGAGACCGGAUUUGCAAUGUGCAGUGUGAUUAGUGUUAGAAAAUCACAAGAUGUUGGAAGUUAUUGUCGUUUAUAUUAGCAUUUUAUAGGUGACUACCAGUUUGGUGUGACAUACAGCGUCGUCAUCGUGACAUCAGAUUGAGGAAGAAAGAUAUUUAUAUAGUCAUCAGUUCAAGGUCGAAUAGAUGCAUCCAGGACAAAAUCCAGUAUAUUCCAGUUUAUAAUUUCUUAAUGCAGCUUACAACAUGAUGGUGUAUCUUACUUCAGAUGAGUGACCAACAACUUGUUUUGAAGCACAUUCAUCAAAUAAAUGAUCGCCUAUAAACGUCACAGUAAAUGCAUCCAAUAAUUGACCGCCUAUAAAUAUCACAGUAAAUGCAUCCAAUAAUUGAUCAUCAACAUGUGCAUAUGCUUCAAGAGAUUCCAGUAAACAUGCAGCUCUGUGUUUGAUAGUAGAUGCACUGUUUAAGUCAUCAACCGUGACCUCAUUUCAGAUCAGCAGUUGUGUGCAGUAGCAUAUUUCACAGUACUUGCAGUUAAGAUGGAUGCUGUUGAAGCUGAUGUGUAUUCUGGUGUGGAGAAAACCGAUUCAUUUGUAGGAAACACCAGCACCGACUCCGAAGAAGAUAGUUUUUAUACUGAGAAAAUGAAAUCUUCAAGUGUAGAAACUACAGAGAUGGCUGUGGUGAAAGAUAAGCUUUGUUCUGAUAAGAAAUCAUCAAAUUUACUCAUAAAUAACAGCAACAUGGAUGUCAUAGAGCAAGUCCAAUCUUCUUUCAUUGACAAUGGCAAAAUCAGCAGUGAUGAGAAAAUAAUGUCUUCAACACAAGAGAAAUCCAAGAUGGAUGCAGUGGUAGACACUGUUUUUACCAACUCUCCAUUGUUAAAAAAUACAGAUGCUGUAAAAUAUGGGUUCUGUUCUGGAGGUGAAAUGACCUCUUCAUUUACAGAACAUACGAAUGAUGCUGUGAAAGACGGGGUCUGUGGUGAUGAUAAAAUCACUACAACAUAUGUGGAAAAUAUCACAGAUGUUGCAAGAGGUGGGCUCUGUGCUGACGAUAAAAUUACCACUUCAUGUAUGGAAACUACCACAAUGGAUAUGAUUAAAAAACAUUCAAGUUCCAAGAGAAUCCAAUCUUCAUUUCCAGAGAGCAACACGUUGGACUCGGAGCAAAAUAGUCAUUAUACUAAGAAAAUCCAAUCUUCAUUUGUAGAGGAUACCCUAAAGGAUGAUAAAAUUACUUCUUUGGAUCCAGAAAGUAAUAAAAUGGAUAUAGAAGAAAGUGUGGUGGUGGAGAAAAGCUAUUCUGAUGAAAACAUUCAAUCUUCAUUUGUAAAAAAUAUCCAAAAACAUGUGAACAUUGAGUCUUGUACGGAUGGUAAAAUGGCAGCAUCAUUCCCAGAAAGUACUGAAGUGGGUGCAGAGGAAGAUGUGAAAGUGCAGAAAAUGGUUUCCUCUAAAAAAAUCCAAUCUUCGUUUGUAAAAAAUACCCCAAAAGAUGUGAAAGUAGGAAUCUGUAUGGAUGGUAGAAUGGCAGCUUUAUUUCCAGAAUGUCCUGAAGUGGAUGUGAGUGUGGACAAAAUGUAUUGUUCUGAAAACAUGAAUUCUCCAGUUUCAGAGAACAAGAAAAUGAAUGCAGCUGUUCAUGAGAUUUGUACUGAUGAGAACAUUCCCAGUUUGUCUGUAGAUAAAACUGAAAUGGAUUCUACGGAAAAAGAUUUAACUUGUAACAAAAUCAAAGCUACUUCAGGAGAUAAUAUCAAAAUCGACGAAGGAAAACGUGUGUUUUGUACUGACACGAAAACGUCAUUUUUAUUCAAAGACAAAAGCAAACUUUCUGCAGGAAAGAAGUUUUGUUCUGAGAAAAUAAGAGCUGCAUUUCUAAACAAAACAAAGUUGGAAUCUGUAGAUUCUGCUGAUCAAAUCAAAGAUUUAUUUGCAAACAAAAAACAGAUUGAUUCACAAAAGGGUAUGUUUUCUAUUAACAAAGCAAAAUCUUCAUCCAUAAAGAUCAAAAUGAAUGCAAAUAAUAAUUGUGCUGAAGACAAUAUUACUGUACCACAUCGAGAACAUGCCAAAUGUAAUACAGAGGAGGAUAUGAUUUGUGCUGAUGGAAAAGCCAGUUCUUCCUCUGAUGAAAACGACGAAAUUAAUAGAGAGGAGGAUGUGGCAUGUAGUGAUGACAAAGCAGACUCAACACUUGAUGAAAUGGAUACAGAGGAAGAUACCUCUUGCACUGAGAAGAAUGUCCACAUUCCAAAGGUUACUUCAGUGGAAGCUGCUAUCAGUACUGAGGAGAAGAUAAACAUCCCCGAGGCUCUGUUGAAAUCCGAUUCUGGAGCGAAAUCUAUCACGUGCGAACUCUGCUUCAAGAAUUUCACCCGGAAGACCACACUGAAGCAACAUAUGCUAAUUCAUGCUGGUGAGAAACCGUACGCCUGUGGGGUCUGCACAAGCUGUUUCGCCGACAGCAGCAGCUUGAGGCGACACAUGUUGGUUCAUACUGGAGAGAAACCAUACGAAUGCACAGAGUGCUUGAAGUGUUUCCGCCAUGCUGGUGUCUUGGCAAAGCACAAGCUUGUUCACACGGGAGAAAGGCCCUUCGAAUGUCAGGUUUGCUCCAAGUCCUUUGCGUACUCCCAUCACUACAAAACACAUAUGCUGAUUCACACGGGGGAAAAACCUUACCACUGCGACGUCUGCGAGAGAUCCUUUGCACAGCAUGGAGCUCUGAAGAGACACGUUUUGCUACACACUGGGGAGAAACCCUUUCAGUGCGACAUCUGCUUCGAGCGCUUUGCCAGGAAGGAAAGUCUACAGAGGCAUGCCCUGAACCACACGUACGUCAAGCCUUUUAUAUGUCAUCUGUGCUCCAAGUGUUUCGUGCACCACGGCGCCCUUGUCAGACACCUGUUGCUGCAUGCAGGUCAGAAGACCUUCAACUGUGGAGUCUGUGCUGAAGCCUUCUCCAGGAAGGAGACUUUAGAGAAACAUAUGGCAAGCCAUGCUGAGAAAGAACAACUCUCUGCCGAAGAGGACUCCAGGAAAGAAAGACUAGAGAAGCACAUGGCGAGCAACCCCGACAAAGAUCAAUUCUCUGCUGAGGUGUUCUCCCUGAAGGAUACUUUAGACAAGUACAUGGCGAACCAGGGCGAGAAAGAACAACUCUCUGCCGAAAUUUUCUCCAGGAAGGAAACUCUGGACAAGUACAUGGCAAGCCAAGGCGAGAAAGAACAGCUUAAUGCUGACAUGUUCUCCGGGAAGGAAAUUCUGGACAAGUACAUGGCAAGCCAAGGCGAGAAAGAACAACUCGAUGCUUUCUCCAGGAAGGAAACUCUAGAGAAGUACAUGGCGAACCAUGGCGAGAAAGAACAACUGUCUGCUGACGUGUUCUCGAGGAAGGAAACUCUAGAGAAGUACACGGCAAGCCAUGGCGAGAACAAACAGAAGCCGCCUCUGCAGUGCCAGGUGUGUUUGAUGUGUUUUAUGGAGACAGAUGACUUGCACGAACACGUUUUGACACAUUGCGACAACACAGAUACAUCUGAAUGAGUGAUGUGUUACUGUGGAUACCUUUGUACAUUAUUUUGUAGUUCUUUUUGUCAGUGCAUCUUUAAUUUCGUUUGACAGGCUGUUAACAGCAAACGGUGACAUCACUAUUCGAAAAUGUUCAUAGCACCAUAGCAAUGUAACCAAGUUGGUUCAGGAGCUGAUUUACUUUAUUCCGUUUUUCGUUUUAUACACAAUAAUAAAAGUUAAGGACAAUUUUGAAAUUCCAGUCAGAGGACUAUUUUGAAUUGCCAGUCACACAUUAAAACAAAAAAAUAUAAAAUGUUAUGUAAAAUGCAAUGUUAUAUUAUAUAUAUAUAUAUAUAUAUAUAAAUGUAAUAUUACCACAAAAGAAAAUUUACAAAAAAAAUGAAACUAGUGGACAGGUCAACUGUAUAUUUUAUUAGCAACAAUGUGUACUAUGUUAUUUUAGACUCUUUUGGUUAUAUCCAUAUCCAAUUAAGGUUCAAUCACGGGAUUGUCUGUCCAGGCGGGGGUUGGGGGGGGGGGGGGGGGGGAUGAUCUGGCCUGGUUCUGGAGAAAAUCCUCAAAUUUGGGCAAAAACGAUAGAUAUAUUCUGGCAAAUUUAUCUAGCAUGAAACGAUUUCACAAUAUAUUUCUAUUAUUCUAGCCACAACAUUAGUUGUACUCAAUGUAAAAAUGUGUAGUGAUUCGUAAGCAACUCCAUAUAAUUGUUUGGCAGUAAUGCUAAUAUAUAAAGAAAUGUUGUUAUCCAGAUUCGAACAUUUUCAUUUAAUUUGGUCAAAAGUCAGCCUGCUCCUCCCCCCCCCCCCCCCACCGCACCCCACCCCACUCUCUCCCUGCUACUAAAAUGGGAGUCGGUAGGCUAUGACAUUAGCGACUUAUUCACAUCUAAAAUUAACACGUCAUGACCACGUUUCGUAAGCCCCAACAUUUCUCAACUGCUACAUGUAGUUCGUGUGGGUCUUUCAUCAUAGUAUUAAGAUGUGUACAUUUUGUUUUUAAAUCAAGCACGAUUUUCUUAAAUUCAGAUGGGAAAAGUGUAAAAUUAGCCCUAAGAUUUUAUAAGCAUGGUACCAGUUCUGAUCCCAACAACUUUAAGGUAUUAGAGUGGGUUUUUUUUUAUAUAUAUAUAUUUUAAUAUCAAGAUACAUGUGACAUAAUUCAGACCUAUACACUACAGUUGCCACAUUCAUUGACACUGUUUCAUAGUUGUCCUUAGCUUUGUUGUUGAUAUAUUUAGGAAACUAGACAAUAAAUGUGCAAAAGAU